AGAGCCGAGGAGGGGCUGGGGAUGCAGAGCCGGCAGCGCGCAUACACACGCUCUCUCUCACACACACACAGCGCCCGGAGCAGCCCCCCGCCGCCCGGCCGGUCCCCACCGCCUAGCUCUCCUCCUGUCUCCGCCGCUUUCAUUUUUAAACAUUGAAUUCCUUUUCCCUCCCCUCCCAUCUCUCGGGCGCUUCCCCGCCUCGCCCGUCCGCCCGGCGCCCUCCCCGCGGCGCGGGCUGCCUCCGCGGGCGCGCAGCGCGGGGCCAUGCCGGCGGGGCCGCCGCUGCUGCGGGGUGCCCUCCUCCUGCUCCUCUUCCUUCUCCUGCUCUUCCUCGGCGCCCCGGCCCGAGGAACCGUCUACACCAACCAUUUCUUGGUGGAGCUGCACGGCGGGGGCCAGGCAGAGGCCGAGCGGGUGGCGGCAGAGCACGGCUUCGGCGGGGUGCGGAAGCUCCCUUUCUUAGAUACCGGAUACUUCUUUUAUCACAAUGGUAUUGCCAAGGCCAGGAGAAGACGCAGUCUUCAACACAAGCUUCAUCUGGAAAAGGAUUCCAGGGUGAGGAAAGCUGUGCAACAGGAAGGCUUCAGCAGAAGGAAGCGAGGGUAUAGGGACAUCAAUGACAUUGACAUCAACAUGAACGAUCCUUUAUUUACGAAGCAGUGGUACCUGAUAAACACUGGUCAAGCAGAUGGGACUCCUGGACUUGACCUUAAUGUAGCUGAAGCAUGGGAACUGGGAUACACGGGAAAGGGAGUCACCAUAGGAAUUAUGGAUGAUGGAAUUGAUUAUCUGCAUCCUGAUCUUGCAUCAAAUUACAAUGCCAAAGCCAGCUAUGACUUCAGCAGUAACGAUCCCUACCCCUACCCUCGCUAUACAGAUGACUGGUUUAACAGCCAUGGGACAAGGUGUGCGGGAGAGGUGUCUGCGGCUGCCAACAACAACAUCUGUGGCGUGGGAGUUGCCUACAACUCCAAGGUGGCAGGUAUUCGAAUGCUCGACCAGCCAUUUAUGACAGACAUUAUUGAGGCUUCCUCCAUCAGUCAUAUGCCACAAGUCAUAGAUAUAUAUAGUGCCAGCUGGGGACCAACUGAUAAUGGGAAGACUGUAGAUGGACCUAGAGAGCUAACACUGCAGGCGAUGGCAGAUGGUGUGAACAAGGGCCGGGGUGGCAAAGGAAGCAUCUAUGUCUGGGCCUCUGGAGAUGGGGGCAGCUACGAUGACUGUAACUGUGAUGGUUAUGCAUCCAGCAUGUGGACAAUCUCCAUCAAUUCUGCUAUAAACGAUGGACGGACAGCUCUGUAUGAUGAAAGCUGCUCUUCAACCUUAGCCUCCACCUUUAGUAAUGGGAGGAAGAGAAAUCCAGAGGCCGGUGUGGCUACAACAGAUUUGUACGGCAACUGCACCCUGCGUCACUCAGGGACGUCUGCAGCUGCCCCUGAAGCAGCCGGAGUGUUUGCCUUGGCCCUGGAGGCUAACCUGGAUCUGACAUGGAGAGACAUGCAGCAUCUGACAGUGCUCACCUCAAAAAGGAACCAGCUUCACGAUGAAGUUCAUCAAUGGCGUAGAAAUGGUGUUGGAUUGGAAUUCAACCAUCUGUUUGGCUACGGAGUCCUUGAUGCAGGAGCAAUGGUGAAGAUGGCAAAAGACUGGAAAACUGUUCCCGAGAGAUUCCAUUGUGUUGGAGGGUCAAUACAGGAACCUGAAAAGAUACCACCAAGUGGCAAGCUGGUCCUCACGCUGACAACUGAUGCUUGUGAGGGGAAGGAAAACUUUGUCCGAUACCUUGAACACGUCCAAGCAGUUAUAACUGUGAAUUCCACCAGGCGAGGAGACCUCAACAUCAACAUGACCUCGCCGAUGGGAACAAAGUCCAUUUUACUGAGCCGGCGCCCCAGGGAUGACGACUCCAAGGUGGGUUUUGACAAGUGGCCUUUCAUGACCACGCACACUUGGGGAGAAGACCCCCGAGGCACCUGGGCUCUAGAGAUUGGGUUUGUCGGCAGCCUGCCGCAGCGCGGCGUGCUGAAGGAGUGGACACUGAUGCUGCACGGGACUCAGAGCGCACCAUAUAUAGACCAAAUAGUAAAAGAUUAUCAGUCCAAACUGGCCAUGUCCAAGAAGGAAGAGCUGGAAGAAGAAUUAGAUGAAGCAGUGGAGAGAAGCCUGAAGAGUAUACUGAGCAAGAACUAGUGCUGUUCUGCAUGACGGUAUCUUUCCUUCCCCAGAUCCCUCUACUCACCUUUCUACUAUCCAAACCUCUGUGUUAGACAUAUUGCAAUGAUUGUCUCUGUAGCCAAAUUAUCACACUUUCUUGAUUUUAAAGUCUUACAUCUUGUCAAGAAUUAUUUUAACUACCACUGAAGCAAUCCUUUUUUUACUCUAAACCACAGCUAUUGUCCCCCACCAAAUACCAUGUACAGUUUGUGACUGUAAAUGAUUUUUCUUUUGUGUCAUAUGAAUAGGUAAUAACCUGCAAACAACUUGAUGGCUUUUCCCUUCAUAUUUUUGUGGUAAAUGUUGUUUGUAUUUUAAAAAAAGAGUGAAUUUUAACAUUGGCAGUUAGUGAUAAUGGCACAUUUUUAAAAAAUUACCAUGAGAGGGAGAAUCACAAAGAGGGUGGCCAGAGAGGUCUUUGAACAUCUAACAGCUCCUCUUGCAUCAUUGACUUCAGUGGGACUUUCCCCAUUGGCUUCAGCUAAAGUAGCACUAGACCCUACAAAAAAAAUAAUCCAGAGAUGAGGAAAAUUUACCAAUCCAAUUUGGAGAAAUCCAAUUCUCAAGAGAGUUUUCUUAAAUAUAUAUAUAUGCUUAUACCAUGUACGUGUGCUUCAGCUACAGAAUGGGUCAUCAGGCAUGCAAUAAGGAAGGCAAAACGAUGCCAAAGCCGGGUGACACGGGGAAGUGCUUUGCAAACAGGGUCAGGGCAUUCUAGAAGCACAAGUUUCCAUUUCAUUUUGGUUUUUGGUUUGAUUUGGUUUGUUGUUUAUUUAAAUUUGGUUAUUUAAUCCAAUUUACCAUCUUAUGGCAGAACGAGCUUGUAGGGCUGUAGGAUUUCUGGCAACCUGUAGGCAAAACUGCACUGUCUCGUCUCUAUUCUGAGAUGUCCCACAGCAGAGUAAGAUGAGGCUGCAUCAGUGUUUCCAACCACAGACCCCUGUUCUCUGGGGUCAGUGCAUUGCUGUGGGAGAGAUCUGAAGUACAUCCUUUCAGUCCUAAAGCCAUUUUUAUUCAAAUUCCAUUUUUAAAAAUAGAGAUUUAUUAUUUUUGUGUUAUACAAAUAUAUUUAAGGAGAAAAGUAUGCCUAAGUUACUAAUGUGUAAUGCAAAGUCGGCCUUCUUGGGAAAUAAAAUGUAGUGUGUUUGGGAAGAUUUGUUGGUAAUCAUUGCUCUUUGCUGUUUAAAGAGUCAGCCCCACCUUCACUUUUCACACAUGAGUAAAGUCGGUCUCCCUCGCCCUCGGAGUCGGCUCUGGCGACUGCCACGAGACGUAACACCCUCCUCGGUGGGAAUGACUCAUGGUAGCGACUGCUACGUGCUCUCAGGUAUGAGAUCCCAAAUUUAACCUUGGAAUGAUAAAGAGUCUUGAUUCUGCAAAUAUUUAGGCACUUGCUUUACAGUAAAGGCCAUCAGUGGGCCGGCUCAAAUGCUAAUUAAUUUUAAGCAGGUGCUUUGGGUCUUUGCAGGAUCCAAGAUGUACUUUUUAGCAGUGACUAGAAUUUUAUUAUGUAUUUUUAAUAUGCAGAGUAUGAAUCUAAAACGUUUUAAUAAGAGUUGUCCUGAUUGAUCAGGUGCAUAGUAUUGGAAACACAUUCAGUAAGUAAAUAUUUAUCUGACAAAUUAAAAACGUAACCCAAAGGUUAUAUGGUGGACAUGGUUCACUUAAGAAUGUAUUAUCUGCAGUGUUAUUUCUUGUGUAUAUCCAUCUUUUGUCUUUCCUUAUGAGGCCCGUUCUUUCCUUUACAAAUCCAAAUGCAAAAUAAAACAGCUCAACCUACUCAAAGUCUAUCUAAAUUACACUCCAAAGCAAAGACAAGCAGCCCCAUGCUACUCACAGGGUCCUCGUGUGCAGCAGUCCUUUCAGACAAUGGAGACACACUGGGGUAAAACAGCCAUUGGCAGAAAGAAUCAGGCCCUGUGUGGUUAUUUUUUAUGUGCUCUUAGUUAUUUGUCCAAACUCAUGAUUCAUUUGUCAAUUUAAAAGUUAACCCAAGGAAAGAUGGGCUCAUGUUAAAGCAGCACCUGGAGUUCAGGGGGCAUGAGCCAAAGCUCCCUGAAGGCAAAUGGGUCGUGGACAGGCUAGCUUAUGGAUCAUAUGGCAGGCACCCAGUUCUCAGAAACAGCAGCAUACACAUGUCAGAGGGAAGGAUUCACCAUAUAUAUAUGUAUUUAUGCAUACACCUGUAUGUCCAGUCCAAAUGCAUACAAUGCACCGGCGGGGUCUCUCUCUCUGGAGAGAGAUACAUAUAUUACAUACAAUAUGUAUAUUCAGAGUGUGUUAUGAAUACAUCUAGAGUUACAUAUGGUAUGUAAUGUAUAAUGCACACACCAGAACCUGUUGUGUGUAUGUGUGCACAGAAAGAGGUAACUGGAAGCUUUUGAAGGACUUCUAAAAUGUGGAAAAAGUUUUAGAAUGAGAAAAGUCCAUGUGGAAAUCUGAAAUGACCGUGUACAUGACUUUCCAUGGCAUUCAUGUAAUUCUACAGUUCUGUGUUCAAUCAUUAAAUAUCUUAUAAAGCAGCAAAAUCAUUAGAUGGUGGUUCAUAUUUUCAUAAUGCUGACAUAACUGAUGGAAUGAUCACGAUAAUGACUGAUGGACAGAAAUGGUGAGGUUUGAUAUAAGGAUAUACAAACCUGACUGUCUAUACAAUAUAGAUAUAUCUUCAGGAUUUUUGCAUCAGGAGAUUGCUGAAAAAAUAUGUCCAGUUAGACUAAGGUUUUAUGGUAUUGCUGAUGGGAAAUAAAGUGAAUUUGUUAGUAUUUAUAAUAAAGGGGGAAAGGAAGCUCAUGGUUUGCAACAGGUGCACACUGUUUAACCGAAGCCUUGUGAUAUGUUUUAUAAUAUGAGUCAAAUAAAGAGCUGUUGUAAACUGG